GCUGCAGGAAAAGGCACGCAAGCACAACCUGGUGGUGGCCUCAUACGACAUAGUGCGCAACGACAUUGAGUUUUUUGCCACCAUCCGGUGGAACUACUGCAUCCUUGACGAGGGGCACAUCAUCAAGAAUGGACGAACUAAGCUGGCACGUGCCCUGAAGCAGCUGCAGGCCAACCACCGGCUCAUCCUGACGGGCACCCCCAUCCAGAACCAGGUGCUCGACCUGUGGUCCCUGUUCGACUUCCUCAUGCCAGGGUUCCUGGGCACCGAGCGCCAGUUUGCGCAGCGCUUCAGCCGGCCCAUCCUGCAGUCACGUGACGCCAAGUCCUCCUCCCGAGAACAGGAGGCCGGAGUGCUGGCCAUGGAGAGCCUGCACCGUCAAGUCCUGCCAUUCCUGCUGCGCAGGGUCAAGGACGAUGUCCUGCAGGAUUUGCCCCCCAAGAUCAUCCAGGACUACUACUGCGAGCUGAGCCCUCUACAGGUGCAACUGUACGAAGAUUUUGCCAAAAGCCGUGCCAAGAAGUCUGUGGACGACUCGGUUGCAGGGGCUGCCGAGGACCAGCCGGUCAACUCGCACGCCACCGCUCAUGUGUUCCAGGCUCUGCAGUACCUGCGCAAGGUGUGCAAUCACCCGAAGCUGGUGUUGAAUCCUCAGCACCCCGAGUACAGCCGCAUCAUGGCCGGCCUCCAGCAGUCCGAGUCUUCCCUCUCGGAUAUCAACCAUGCCGCUAAGCUGCGCUCACUCAGGCAGCUGUUGCUGGACUGUGGCAUUGGGACAGCUGCCCAGCCCGAGCAGGAGAGCGUGGUGCAUGCCCACCGGGCCCUCAUCUUCUGCCAGCUGAAGGGCAUGCUCGACAUCCUGGAGAAGGACCUGCUCAUGGCACACAUGAGCAGCGUCAGCUACCUCCGCCUGGACGGCAGCGUGGCCCCGGGCCAGCGACAGGCGCUGGUCCAGCGCUUCAAUGCGGACCCCUCCAUCGACGUGCUGCUGCUGACCACGCAGGUCGGUGGGCUGGGCCUCAACCUGACUGGCGCCGACACGGUCAUCUUCGUUGAGCACGACUGGAACCCGAUGAAGGACCUACAGGCCAUGGAUCGUGCCCACAGGAUUGGCCAAAAGAAAGUGGUCAAUGUUUACCGACUGAUCACCAGGGGCACCCUCGAAGAGAAGAUCAUGGGGCUGCAAAAGUUCAAGCUGACCAUUGCCAACACGGUGAUCACGCAAGAGAACAGCAGCCUGAACACCAUGGGCACCGACCAGCUGCUCGACUUGUUCACGCUCGACUCGGACGGUGCCAAGGCGGACACAGUGCUGGACACUGCGCAGAACUCCUCCGCGGGCCCAUCGCGUGUCGGCAUGAAAGGGGUGCUGGAAAGCCUCCCUGAGCUGUGGGACUCCUCCAAGUACGACUCCGAGUACGACCUGGGAAACUUCCUCAGUACACUGAAGCCUAAGUGAUGGAAGGUGUGACACCUGUGUGGAUUCAGUUGUUGUACAGUAAUUGCUGCUAAUGACAGUCGUGGGGAGUUGGGGGGGUCUCUCGACGGGCAGAUUCGCGGGUGGCCAUGGCUCAACCAUUUGCAGGCUCCAGUGUGGCCCAGUUUGCUGCACAUCGCUGUCGACCAAGUCAGCAGUGUAGUGGCAACGCAUAUUAUUCAUCGGUAGAUUAUGAUGGCCAUGUUGCAACACAGACAAAACGAAGUGAAUUGUCUUUUAUGGCUUCGUCAAGAUCCUUAGGUGUUUACAGUUUCGGUUGACUAUCUGUUGUGACUUGACAGUGUUCUUUUUGGCGACAUACUGAACUUGGCAGCAAUGGAAGACAGCCUGUCGUGACUUUGUUGUGAACGUGUGUGAACUUGUGACACAGGACGUGGUAAGUAGUAGUGCAUUCAGUCUUGUGACUAUGAUAGCGGUCAUUGGGCAAUAAGUGCUGGGCAGAGAGCUGGGGUUGCCAUGUCCAUCUAAGCAAGGCUUUGUGAGAGAGUAGUGAGCUUUAGCACCUGUCUGUUCCGGGUUGUGGGAAGGCAGACAUUUUCCCAGCUAAGUUGGUGUUUUGGAUGACCAUUUCUGGCAAUAAAUGGAAAGAUGGGAUGUCCGUGCAAGAGGACAGGGUGCAUUUGUGGUCAUCGUCAAAUUGUGACAUUGCAUUCCGUGGCACAGAUGUUUAACACAGACUUCUUUAAGAUUGUGGUCACUUGCUGCAUGAACUGUGGGGACAUUCAAAAUGUGCUUAGUUUUCUUAUUGCCACCAGAAUGACGGUACCCUUUGUAAUUAACAAUACCGAUUGCCAGUGUGUGUGUGCAUUAAGGGGUGCACCUAGAGCUGUUUUUACGUGUCCUAAUGCGCCUCUAUUGUGGUGCGUACGACUGAGUGCUGGUGAUUGUCGUACUUGUGCAAAAAUGCCAGCAGUGCCAAGUGUCAAGUCGAUGCAUGGAGGAAGAAAAAAAAACUGAGGAGGGGCCUUGACGUCACUCUUCGUGAAGCUAAAGUGACGCCAAAAGUCUGUGCUACUGCGCCAUCGCGUCAGGCCAGGUUCUCCUCUCUUGUUUACAUUUCUUGCCUUCGCGCUACCAUAGGCAAAAACACGCCAGGCUGCGCACCGUAGCAAUUUGACCAACGGUCCAAUCGCGGUGUAUUCCAUCGCGAUACAACCUAUGCCAAGCCCAUCUGCAGUUUAUCAGAACAAACACGCAUGCCUGUCGUGGCUUUGUCGGAAUCAUUUUGCUUUGCUGAACACGUUUCGGGUGGCCACUCACAGUGAAGGUGUGACAAACCAGAGCGCACCGACGAACAGUCCAGCAGAGAAGAAUGUUGUUACACGUUUAAAUACACCAACUUUGGCCUGAGGUAGUUCUCGCAGUAAGUGAAACUUCACGGAAACAAAGUACUGCGGUGCCGAACAAUAAAUUAGUAUGCGUGUGACUAGCAUGUUGACUGGGUCUAUGUACGUGCAGGCGUACACUCUUCUGCCAAGCCUUGCACCACAUCCGCGAACGUUUACUUCCCUGGGCCCCUCGAGCACGCAGAUAAGAUUACUGCAGUAAAGGGGUUUUGUCCCUUUAUUACUCACAGCAGCCGCCUCAUUUCCAUCCUUCCACGUGGUUGUUUUACGUGCCACAAACGCAUCGUCCGCUGUCAAAAGCAGGAACACUGCACAGCUGUCACUGACGUGCAAGGUGUUUAUCGUGCAUAAUCUGAAGCACAGCAGUUUCAGUGUCUGAGGACACAUUUGCAUGAAUCCACCGAAAACAGGGAAAAUAUCCCCACGUUGUCUUUCGUCCAUGGUGUGGUUAACGGUGUUGCAUAUGUGCUUGUUUCACACUUUUUGCUUCUUCCAGUCCCACCUGGCCACAACAGCUGGGAGAGCACAAUCUGCAUAACACAGUGCAGUACAAAACACGGAGACUAAUGCAACCUAGCAAACGCGACACCUUUGCCACUGUACUAAACCCACAGAACAACCCGUGUGAGCGCACACCACCAUAACAAAGCUGCCAUUGUGACCCAAGAACAUGGCCGCCACAGGGAAAGAAAGAAAAUAAAAAGCAAUGAAAAAGAGAAAAUACACGUCAAUUCCUCCACACUUUUCUCUAGCGCGCGGAGGUGGUAGGGUCUGUCCUCAGUUUUUCCCUUCCUUCAUGUAUCAGUGUGAAAACGAGCCCAUUGGGCACUUUCAUAUCUCUUGUCGGAUUCGCAUGUGUGGUCACCCAGUAGGUUUGUGGCAUGACUUUGCCAUGUUGUGGAGCUGUGGUGCCAGUUGGCUUGUAACACUUUGUAACCAACUAGAACAGUGUUCUCCUCCAGUUCACCAAGGUUAGUGUGUGGAAAGCUUUGUCAGUGGUUCACCUCUGUGCAUUGCCACGGUAAUGUCCCUUUGGGGCUGCAUUUCGCCAGAGCCAGACACUCAUGUAGCCACUUCGGAUGCCAAAGGUAUUUUACUGCCAAGUAGCUUGUGCCUAAACUUAACUGAAGUUAUGCUUAAACUUGGAAGCUUGAGCGCAUUAGUGGUUACAUGUGUGCAUGUUCAGAUGAUAAUUCUGGAUCACUUGUUGCAUAGUGGUGACUGGGCUGUUUGUCACAAGGUGACAUCUGAAUUGUCUGUCACGUUAGGUUUUUGGAUAGCUUGACCUCUGUACUUGCUUUAUCUGAAGAACUAAGGUUCUUAUAGCAGAAACUAUGUGCAGGCAAGCACUGCAAGUUGCUCGAGUCUCGCACAGAGCCAAGGCUUUCUGUUUUAAAAAUUGCAGUAGGUAUAAGGGUGAAAGGUAACAAUUCGAAUCUUAAUGUUUUUCAUUGUAAAUCUUCAUUGUCUAACAAAGUCAACUUGUAGUAAAACCUGUUCCAAAGUGUAUGCGAGUGCUCGCAAAUAGCUUUAUAAUGUAUUAAGUUAUGUAUUUAUUUCAGUAGCUUUCUUGAAACAGAUGUGCUUGUUUAUUUCUUCUCUUCCAUCUUAAGCUACCUGCAGUGUAACUUAUGUUCAACAUUUUGAGUGCUCUAUGAACUGCCAUAUCAUAUUCAAAGGAGUAAAAACAAAAAAGACUGCACACGUAGUAAUAUAAAGAUCUGCACCGAGAGGAGGCUCUCCUCCUCAUCUGGGUAGCAGUGUGCACCACCCGAGCUCAUGGAAAGAAAAAGAACAUUGGUAAAGUUGAUGCGCAUUUCUCUCUGGCUCUGUGGGAUGGGGCGUUUGUUCUCUCAGCAAAGCCUUUGUCUGCCUAGAUUGCCAAAAAGGCUGGCAGUGAGUUCAACCAUGUAUACUCAUUUUCGUAUGUGGUGUUAUCGUUCGUGGUUGUCGAGUCCUUUCAUGUGCCACGCCAUAUUACCUGUAUUGUCUUCUUGGCCUGUGUUCUCCCGCACGCAGUCUGUGCCACAUCUUGUGUGUAACGUUUUGCCGUCCGUGAGUGUUCUUCAUAAGCCGUAAGGGCACUCGCGGUGGUCUCUUCUUUGUUGAAUUGAAAUUGGUCACACUUUAGAAACGCGAUGCAUUAUGUCCCUUAGUGAUGUGCAAGGCAUCGUUUCCAUCUUGGCUGUAUGAAGCUACGAGGACGAUUUGUCCGGCAUUUGUGCUUUUUUCCCCUAGGAAAGUGCAGUACGUGAGAGGGGAAGGGGGCAUUGCCAAUGCAUGUGUGCAUGGUGAGCAAGUUCAUUGCCAGCACAUGCAAGUUCAUGGGUGGAAGUAUACUUUUGAUGAUGUCCAUUUCACUGUGAUUUUUGUCUUUGCAGUCUAAAUGAAAUGUCAUUCACAAUGAU